CCUCCGCCCAAGGCCUUCGGCGCUCGCACUCCCUAGUACCUGCUUGGGCGCCGGCGCACAGCGGCCCCGCUGUUCUCGGCCGCCCUGGGCGCGCCCCUCCUCUGAGGAGCCAUCGGGCCAGGCUGCCGCGGAGCCAGACAGACGCGGGAGUCGUCGAGCACGGGGCGAGAGCCUCGGCAGGGAGCGAGGCGGUGCGGAGAGGCGGGAGCGACGCGCUCGGCGAUCCUCCGGGGCUGCGGCCAGACGCGAGCAAUCGGCGGCCGAGCGGCGGGGCGGGGCCGGCUCCUCGGCGGCGCGGCGCACCUGGGGCAGCUGCGUCCGGCGGCCCGGGCGCCGCCCUCCAGGUGACCUGUGCCCACACAGGGUAGCCGGGAUGGCCUGCCCUCCCCAGGGGGCUACAGCGACCUGCCCUCCCCUGGGUCGCAGUACCGCCAGAGUGGCCAGGGAAGACAUCCAGACACAAGGUCCUGUUGUAGAAGCUCACACACAUUCUGAGAUGUCAGGCCCCAUGCCCUUUAAGAUGAGAUUAGUACAUCUGGACCUCAAAGGAGCUCCGCCCAGGGUCUCCUACUUCUCAGAGAUUUUUCCUCUGUUCCAUGCGCUUGGAGCGAACGGCCUCCUCAUUGAGUAUGAAGACAUGUUUCCCUACGAGGGCCACCUGAGGCUGCUGAGGGCCACGCACGCAUACAGUCCCUCCGAAGUCACAGAGAUCCUGCGUCUGGCCAAGCUCAGCAAGUUGGAGGUGGUUCCCUUGGUGCAGACGUUCGGACACAUGGAGUUCGUGCUGAAGCACACAGCCUUCGCACACCUCCGGGAAGUGGCGCCCUUCCCCAGCACCCUGAACCCCCACGAGGCGGAGUCCCUGGCACUCGUGGGAGCCAUGAUCGACCAGGUCCUGGAGCUGCACAGAGGUGCCCGCUGGGUGCACAUUGGGUGUGACGAGGUCUGCCAUCUGGGCGAGGGGGAGGCCUCGAGACAGUGGCUGCAGCAGGAGCAGAACAGCCAUGCAAAGCUCUGUCUGUCCCACGUGCGGGCGGUGGCCAGCCAUGUGCUGGCCCGACACCCUGGCACUACUCCCCUGGCGUGGGACGACAUGCUGCGGGACAUUCCCCAGGACCAGCUCACAGCGUCCGGGGUACCGCAGCUGGUGGAGCCUGUGCUCUGGGACUACGGGGCCGACCUGGACAUCCACAGUAAGGUCCUCCUCAUGGAAAAGUACCGGGAGUGCGGCUUCCCUCGGCUGUGGGCUGCCAGUGCCUUCAAGGGGGCCACAGGGGCCACCCAGGCCCUGCCCCACAUCGAGCACCACCUCAGGAACCAUGUGCAGUGGCUGCAGGUGGCGGGCAGUGGGCCCGCGGACAUGCUGCAGGGCAUCAUCCUGACUGGCUGGCAGAGGUAUGACCACUUCUCCGUGCUGUGUGAGCUGCUGCCUGUGGGAAUCCCCUCCCUGGCCGCCUGUCUGCAGUUGCUGCUCCAUGGAGGAUUUGCUGAGCACGUGAGGCUGAGGGUGGAGCACCUCCUUGGUCUUCCGAGCCUGGGAACAGCAGCUGCUCAGAGCCAGGGGACCAGCUCCUUCCCUGGCAGCGACAUUCAUGCCCUCGUCACUCAAGUCAGCCUCCACCUACGCAGUUCUGUGGACACGCUGCUGGAGAACAGGUACAUCACUGGCUGGUUCAGCCCCUACCAUCGCAGGCGGAAGCUCAUCCACCCGGUCAUGAUCCAGCAUAUCCAGCCUGAGGUGCUCAGCCUCCUAGGCAGGUGGAGUGCCCUCGUGCAGCAGCUGGAGACAGCCCUGCAGCUGGCCUUCUACCCUGACGCCGUGGAGGAGUGGCUGGAGGAGAACGUGCGCCCGAGCAUGCAGCAGCUGCAGGACCUGCUGCAGGACCUUAGUGAGGCGGCCACCACUGGCCCCUGCCCACCAGCCCUGGCUGGGACACCGGUCGGGACUGCCGAGGGGCAGGGUUCACAGGUGGGCUGAGGGCUCCUGCCACACACAGGCCAGGGCACCACACUGUCACUCUGGCCUCCCCAUUCCCGCACCCUGCUGAGCCCUGGGCAGCUGUGCCUGCCAGGUAUCCUCAGAGCACAGUUGUCUUUGGGGAAAGUCAUGAGCACCAAGGAAAAGCAGGGGGUUGUUCACAAUGUGCACGUGGAACUUUACCAAUUUUGAAAUAAAAGGACAGCAGGCACUAGA